CUCAACUGUAAAACUACUUCAAGGGGAACUUCAUCUCACUGCAGAAAGUACUGGUUCUGCUGCUGCUGCUAAACAGGAUUACAGUCCAGUUAGAAAACCCAAGAGGAGACUGAAGAACCUGCCACCUUCAGGCUGGACCAGAAACAAAACCGGAACCGGACCAGUAAAGAAAUCAGCAGAGGCCGUUGGAAAAGUUUGAUGGGACUGCUGACGAUAGCCACAUGCCUCUGAGUCCGGCUGCUGACACCAAACAUGAUCGCCCGCGGCAACAAGCGGUUACUAACGGCAACCCCACAGGCACUGCUGUUGCCAGGGACGACGACGCGGAUGACACGCCCCCUGGAAACAGCAUCGUCGUCCGCAUCGGCAUCCCGGACCUGCAGCAAACGAAGUGUUUGCGGUUGGACCCAGAGUUACCAGUUUGGACCAGUAAGCAGCGGGUUCUGGUGACGUUGACUCAGUCUCUGUCGGAUGUUCUGAACUAUGGUCUCUUCCAGCCGGCGUUCAACGGCCGAGCCGGAAAGUUUCUGGACGAGGAGCGCCUGCUGAAGGAGUAUCCGCUCCCCCCCAUCACUCCCAUACCCUACCUGGAGUUUCGUUAUAAGAGGAGAGUUUACACUCAGAGCUACGUGGACGACAAGCAGCUGGCAAAGCUGCACACCAAGGCAAACCUGAAGCGCUUUAUGGAACAUGUUCACCAGAAGAAUGUGGAGAAGGUUUCCAAAUGGCUGGAAAAAGGACUGGACCCCAACUUCCAUGAUUCCGACACCGGGGAGUGUCCUCUGACGCUGGCUGUGCAGCUGGAGGAGAGUGGAGACCUGAUCAAGGUGCUGCGUAGCGGGGGGGCUCACCUGGACUUCAGGACCAGGGACGGGAUCACCGCUCUGCACCGAGCCGUGCUCUGCAGGAACAGCCACUCUCUCAGCACGCUGCUGGACCUCGGAGCGUCUCCGGACUACAAGGACAGUCGGGGUCUGACCCCUCUGUACCACUCAGCGAUGGUAGGCGGAGCUCCGUACUGCUGCGAGCUGCUGCUGCAGGACCACGCCACCAUCGGGAUGACUGAUGAGAACGGGUGGCAGGAAAUACACCAGGCAUGUCGCUAUGGUAACGUGCAGCACUUGGAGCACCUGCUGUUCUACGGUGCCGACAUGAGUUCCCAGAAUGCAUCAGGAAACACCGCACUGCACCUCUGUGCUCUCUACAACCAGGACAGCUGUGCCAGAGUGCUGCUGUUCAGAGGAGCGAAUAAAGACGUCAAAAACUACAACAACCAGACCGCCUUUCAGGUGGCGAUAAUUGCCGGGAACUUCGAACUUGCAGAAAUCAUAAAAAUCCACAAAACCUCUGAUGUUGUAGUUCCCUUCAGAGAAACUCCCUCCUACACGAAGCGCCGUCGGCCGGGGGUCAGCCGCUCGUCUGCCGGGAACGGCCUCUCGUCUCCACGCUCUCUGAUUCGCUCGGCCAGCGACAACGUCCUGGAAAGUCCCGCCUCCUCGCCCGGCCCCUCCCUUCAGAGCCUGGAAACACAUCAUGACACACACACACACUCACUGCGACGACACUCACGCCGACUCAGUCCGAGCGGCGGGGGUCAUGUGGGGGAGAGCAGCCCCCCCUCUUCCCCUCCUCCGACCCCCCAGAUGAGGAAGAGGAGGCUCUACAGUGCCGUCCCCGGCCGCACCUUCAUCGCCACCCGGUCCCACGUCCCCCAGGGGCCCGGAGAGAUCCAGCUGCACCGCGGGGAGAGGGUCAAAGUCCUGUCAAUCGGAGAGGGGGGAUACUGGGAGGGGAGCGUUAAAGGACGAACCGGCUGGUUUCCUGCUGACUGUGUGGAGGAAGUCCAGAUGAGGCAAUACGACCCUCGGCUGGAGACGAGAGAGGACCGCACCAAGAGGCUGUUCAGACAUUACACUGUGGGGUCCUAUGACAACUACACCUCCUACAGUGACUACGUGAUCGAGGAGAAGACGGCGGUGCUGCAGAAGAGAGAGAGCGAGGGAUUCGGAUUCGUCCUCCGAGGAGCGAAAGCGGAGACCCCCAUCGAAGAGUUCGCUCCGACCCCGGCGUUCCCGGCGCUCCAGUACCUGGAGUCGGUGGAUCAGGGCGGCGUUGCAUGGAGGGCAGGGCUACGAACCGGAGACUUUCUUAUAGAGGUGAACGGUGCUGACGUGGUGAAGGUGGGACACCGUCAGGUCGUCUCUCUGAUCCGUCAGGGAGGAAGUCGUCUGCUGAUGAAGGUCGUCUCUGUUUCCAGGAAGUCAGAAUCCAACAUCAUCAGGAAGAAAGCUCCGCCUCCUCCAAAACGGGCCCCCAGCACCUCACUGACUCUGAGGUCCAAGUCCAUGACCGCUGACCUGGAGGACAUAGACAAACUGGAUGAGAUGUUGGCCGGGGGUCAACAGGAAGUGGUUCUUAGGGCCCGCCCGGCAGACGAUUUCAGAGCGGCGACGGUGAAACAAAGGCCGACCAGUCGGCGAAUCACACAGGCCGAAAUUAAUUCGUUGUUUGAGCGUCAGGGUCUUGUCCCCCCUUCGGCUCCAGAGAAAAGCACCAUGGCUUUACCUCGAGGGAUGUCCAGAACCAAGAGCUUUGGCACACCUGAGGACGACCGGAUCUCAGCUCUGAUCAAUGAAAGUCGUUUUCCUCGGAGCUCCUCGCUGACAGACGGAUUCAUCCCUCCCCCUCCUCAGAUGGCUCCCCCUCCUCCCCCCUCCGCCUCCUCCUCCACCUCCUCGCUCUUCCUCCUGGACUCCGGCCCGCCCCCGUCGUUCCUCCCACCUCCUCCCCCGGCCAGAGGGGAUGGGCUAACGCGCUCCAGCUUCAAACCGGGGGCGGAGCCUAGGCUGGUGGAGCUAUGUGAUUCGCCAACAAGGAGCCACGCCCACGCUGAGCGCCAGAGGAAAGCUAGGUCCAUGAUCAUCCUGCAGGACACACCACCGCCCCCGCCACUGCAGUCGGACGCACACUCCGGCAGUACGCAUGCUCUGCACACGGCCACACAUACCGCCACUCACACGCUUCACACGGCAACACACACAUCCACGCUGUCGCUGCACAGCACAAGCCCCGCCCUCGGUCACUCGCCGCUGUCACGCCGCCGUGGAAGAGCAAUAGAAAACCCGUACGCUAACGUGGGACAGCAGGCACCGCCAUCCAAGCCGCAGAGGAGGAAGUCGCCUUUGUUGAAACAACUUCCUGUAGAGGAGCAGGGAAUAAAAGACCUUGACUUGUUGAAAGUGGACGGGCCCAGCAGCCCCAGUCGGGCGGAGCUGUACCAGCAGCAGGUUCUCUCAGAGCGAGCCCGGGUUCAGGGUCGGAGGUCGUCUCUCUUCCUGUCAGUUGAAGGAUCCGGGUCAGAUAAUCAGGUGCCGCCACUCCUCACUCUGAGCCAUUCAAUGGACGACCUCGGAGAGCUUCCUCCGCCGGCUCCGGUCCUGUCCCCAUCACCGACGCCUCACACCUUCCUCCACCCACUGACCGGGAAACCUCUAGACCCCUCCUCUCCACUCGCCCUGGCUCUUGCUGCACGAGAACGAGCGCUCACCGCCCGAACACCGAGUCCGGAGCCGCGACAUAAACAUGGAUCUGCCUCACCCAUUCCCACCCCUGCUGCCAGCCCAGAGGGACGCCACAAGCGCACCCCUAUCCCCACCCCACAGGGCAGCCCAGAGCCUCGGUCCAAACGCACCACCCCUCAGACGAGCCCUGAGCAGCGAACAAAACGCACCACUCCCCAAACCAGUCCCGAACUGAGGCACAAACGCAUAACACCCCCAAUGUUCCCUGACGGACCGGUGGAGCGUCCCGAAACGGAAGGAGGAGUUACAUCGCCUGCCGCUCCCUCACCUGAGCGAUGGAGACCCACCCCUUUGCCACCGCUGGCCAAUGAGAGUCACGCUGCUCUGAUUGAUAGGCGCAGGAGCCUAACAGUGGGCAGCUCCGAGGAGGAGGGCGGGGCUUAUACUGUAACACUCCCGCCUGCGCUAUUGUCGUCAAGUGAUGAGGAAACCAGGGAGGAGCUUCGCAGAAUUGGCUUGGUUACUCCCCCCGCUGCCUUCUCCACUCCUCCCGCCCUUCCUCCCCCAUCAUCCCUCACCCUGUUGCCUCGAAGAGGUGGUGAGGGAGGGGGAGGGGGAGGGGGAGGAGAUCCUGACUCUCUAGGUAGACGAGCUGAUGAAGAGGAAGGUGACGAGCGUCUUCAAGAUAGCUCUUCCCCUAGCUCACUCCCUCCCUCUAUCACCUUGGCCUCCCCUCCUGAUCCAUCCUCCCCAUCCUCCCCUCCCGCUGCUCACCCAUCUCCUUCCUCCCCCACCAUCUCCCCAUCUGCUUUGAAACCACGGCUUCGUUCACCUUUAGGUCGCGGUCGCUCUGCACUUCGGGAUCCUCUACUGAAGCAAUCAUCAGACAGUGAGCUCCUCCCAUCUGCUGCCUUCUCUUCCUCCCCUUCCUCCCCACUGUGUUCCUCCCCCACCGGUGGAGGUGGACGGCAGCCACGCUAUCUGUUCCAGAGAAGGUCGAAGCUGUGGGGAGGCGGGGAUGACGAUCGCCGGGGAUUCAGCCCGGAUGAAGGUGGACGUCCGGCAGCUCUAGGAGGUCAGGGUGCCGGGUCUGCUGUGGAUCUGAGCAACCGGUCGGCGUCAGCUCUGGAGCUGAGCGGCAGGGCCGGGUCCGGACUGGAUCUGGCUAAUCGGCUACAGCUGCUCAAUAAAGACAGUCACUCUUUGGGGGAGGAGCCGAGUCCCCUGGAUCCGGGCCGGAGGUCUCCAGUAGGAGGUGCCAGAUGUGUGGACAAUGGAGAGAGUAAAUCGUUGUUCUCCAGUCUCGGUGAACUCCACACUAUCUCCCAGCGAGGAUUCGGCUCUGGCUAUACAGUCCGACCGGGAAGCCGCUACCCCGUCACCCGCCGAAGUCCCUCCCCUUCUCCCUCCCCCUCCGAUAGGUCGAUAGGGCUCACCUCUUCCUCCGCCCCCUGCUCAGAAAGACCAGAUCUGAGCUCCGGUCGCGGUCUAACCAUCCUGAAGUCCUCCAGUCUCAGCCUCCCUUCCGAACCAAAGGAGGUCCGGUUUGUUAUGCGGAGCGCCAGUGCAAGAACCCGGUCCAGAUCUCCCUCACCGUCACCCCACGCCUCCCCCUGCCCCUCCCCUGUCCUCAGCGGGCCACUGUUGGCACUUCGGCCGUGGAGGCAGCGCCCACUUAACCUAUGGAAUAAAUACGACGUUGGGGAUUGGCUGGAGAGCGUUGGGCUGGCUGAACAUCGACAACGCUUCCAGGAGCACGAAAUCGAGGGUUCCCAUCUCCCGGCCCUCACCAAGGAGGAUUACGUUGAGCUGGGUGUCACCAGACUGGGCCACCGGAUAAACAUCGAGAGGGCCCUCCGACAGCUGCUGGACGGAUCCACUUGACCUCUGACCUUAGACAUCCUGAACUGUGACUUCAUUACAGACACUAAACGCCAUCUCUUUGACUAGAAAACCUUAGCAGUGACUGAAUCUUUAGAGCUUUUUACCAACGUGGAGUUCAUAUCCCCGAGUGAUCUCGCUGACGCUUUGGCUGAUCAGCUCUUUGAUCGACCCAAACACCGGAGAGUGGUACAGGUCCGUGUCCGGGGUUUAGUUUUACUGUUAUUUAUGGAUGUACUUCACCAACCAUUUGUUUAUCAAUUACUCAUCAAAAAAGGUAGUAUUCGUCGCAUGUCUUCAAGGUGAACGAUGAAUUCAAAAUUAAAGAAAAUGUUUCUGAAAAUAUUUAAAAGAAAUGUCACAAAACGCUAUUUUUUGUAGCCUCCAAAAUAUGUCGAUUAUCUCAGUCUUAUAUCUUUUUAAAGUAAAUAUAUUUGAGCUUUGGACUUUGAGUCUGGAUACCUGGAUAAAUACCGAAGUAUAGGGUUAGGGUUAGGGUUACUGUAGCAUAACGUUAGCAUACUAAGCUAAUCACUGGACACGGACCUCUACAGUUACUCUCUACAGGUGAAUGACAUCGAUCACAGAGCUGAUCUGACAAACUGUAGACAAAUAUAAUGACGGGUUGUUUUCCUCGUGCCAUUCUGCUUCCCCGGACGAGUUUAGCCGGACGACGAGCGAGUCUCAAAAACAACGGGAGAUAUGUCCAGGAUUUUUCUCCGUCGUUCUCGUGGCUUCUUCUUUUCUGAUUUCUAAAUAUCACCCAUGACCAAUUUGUGUUAUUUAGUUUUUCAUAUCUUAACGCUGAUCAUUUAGAAUUUAUGAAUAACCAGUAAUAAUAAUGUGGUGGUGACUUUACAGAGUUUAUAAUAGUUUGGAAAAAUGAAUUUUUGAGUUCCUUAUGAUUUGACAAUGAGUUGAAUUUCUGAGGUCGUUUUCGGCGACGCUUUGAAACUCGUGAUGAUUUGUCAAUGAGUGUGACUUUGUGCUGAUGAUGUGCUGUGUGUUUCAGGGAGAGCUGCAGCAGAGCUCCAACUGGUUUCUAACCUGCUUUACCGAGGGCUUACUGUACAUGGUGCUAUCUGUUUAAAGCCAUCUGUACAGAAAAAUACCUUCCUCCUUCCCCUCCUAUACCUUCCUUAUACUCACUCACCCAACUCUCCACGCUACUAUUCCUAAACCAAGAGUGGCUAAAUCACCAGGAACAGGCCAUACAUGGAGUUUCCUCCCUGCCAUAUUGGGGAUUUCUUCCCUGCCAUACGUGGAGUUUCCUCCAGAUCAUAUAAAGAGUUUAUAAUAGACGCCGUUAAUGGAGUCGCCCAAUUACAGUUUAAUAACGGCUGAUUUUAUCCAACAAUCAAGUCUCUUUCACACAAAAACGAGGAUUUGUUGGGAUUUUGAGGCAGUUUCUUCGGGUCAAAAAGAGGAUGUAUCAUGACAAUAUCACCAAGAAAAGUUUUAACCAAAUAAUGCUUUGAUAGAGCCAUGUUAUUGUUGGCGGGCUGCCAAUUUGUCCCCAAAAUAAUACACAUAAUCACAAAACAAAUGUUCCCUUGCUGUCUUGAAAUCUGAUUUACCAUGAUUACCCAUUCUACACACUUCAGUCAGAGAAACCCAUUGGCUAGGUGUGUAAGGUGCUAUCCAAAAGAAAUCUGAUAUUUAAUAGUUUGCAAAAAAUGCUAACGCUAGCCUUUUAGCAUUGUUAGCUGACGCAUUUUAUACUUAACAUAAAGUUAACUGGCAAAAAAAAGGACAAUUUUUAUCAUUUUGAAUUUAGUUUCUACAUCUAGACCACAAAGAAUAUAAACAGCAAGUGAAGACAGUCACUGAAAGUCACUUUAAUUAGGAAUGUGAAUUAAUAGUGACUUUAACAGACGCGUACCAGAGCUCCUUUAUUCCAGAUAUCUCCACACAGUCAUUUAGUCUCCCUCUCAUGUUCCUCUUGAAUCCCCCCCUCCCCUUCUGAAGCACAAUCAACUUUCCAGUGCCUGUUUCCACAAAUCAACGAGUAUAUACCGCGUUUAUAUAUAUCGCUUUUUACUCCCAACCGAAGUACCUGAACACGAGCCGAACCACAAUCAUGAAUCCCAAAGUUGUAAAAGUUCACGGUGCCGUUCAACGCCAGAGUUAUUCCGGAGAACGUAUAGUGUUUGUACAGCACAUUACAGUGGACUUUAUAGUCUGUAUAAUAUAUAUUAUGGUAGAAUUAUGUAGCUAUAGUGUAAUAUAUAAAGUAUAGUGAGAUGAUCAAAUGUAUUCGGGCAUAAAAAGGCUUCUGUGAUAUUCAGCCUUUUGUAAACAGCCACACAUCAGCUGUUCCCUUCAGUUUCUCUUUACACAGUUACUCUGAAUCCACGUGUGUUUAAAAUAUAUCUAUAUCACUUCAUCAUGCUUUCCAUUUAUUGUAUUUCCAAACAGUUACGGAAAAGGGGAAGGGGAGGGAUGUUCUCUGACAAAGUCUGUGAAUUUGCAAGAUUAAAAUGAUAUAUUUACAAUAAAUUAGAUAUUUUUAUCCUAAAUCUGUGGGAUUAUUGUUAAAGGGAAUAGAUGUCAAAACAGAUCCAUUUCCAUUUAUUUCCUGCAAGUUUACAGCUUUUGAUAUCCUUGGUAUUUUGUGGAGGGUUUUUUUCCUUCCAACCCCCCCCCCCCCCAUUGACACAGCUGAUGUUUUGUAACCUAAAGAAUAAUAACCUUUAUUGCGUAAUCACAGAGUUAGGGUUUUCUCAACAUCAGCAAACAAAAGAUGUGAAAGGGAUUUUUCCAAAUAAGGACUCGUGUGUUUCGAUCAUUGCAGGAAACUUUGUAUUUUAUGCAAUGGCCGUUUUUUUUGAGGAGUUUCUGCGCCGAUGGGAACGUUUUCGGGUCAUUUUGGUUUUGAAAUACUGGAGUUUGAGGAAAAGCAAGACUGCAAACUUUCUGACUUCUGUUAACUCAUCCAAACGCUGCGUAAGGAAGGCAUCGUUUUCUGGAUGUUGGUGUGGUAAAGUUUGGGAGAUUAGCCAAGAUCCUUACUUCAGAACAAACGUCUACAAAUGCCUUUACAGACGCCAGCCUUCCCCACUGGACUGCACCAAUAAAAACUCCACGUCUUCUAAUCUCCUCUCAGAAGAGUGUGUGGCUGUUUACACUGAAUAUCACCUCACACACACAUCCUGUACGCUCGGUAUAUAUUAUAAAGGCCUAGAGUCUACUGUAGGGAUCCACAGACUGAGGCGUGGGCUGUCGCUUUCUCUGCAUGGUACCCAUGGUAAUCAGUGAUGGAGAGGUCAUGUGACCUCUUAACCUCUGACCUCAGGUCCCCCCCCCCCCCCCUCCCAUGUACACUAAUACAAACAUGAGGUCAUUCAUUUGUUGUUGGAUUUUUCAGCCAAUCAGAAGCCAGCAAUCUUGACGGUGUUCUUCCACUGGGAAAAGUAGUCCCUAUUUUCUGCUUUUUAAAAUCGAAUCAGUGAUACCAGGUGGGGCUUCUGAUGAUGUAACCAUGGAUUGACUUUACAGCGAACAUGUUUGUUGUUCAUCAGCUAAGUGUAUGCUAGCUUAUCCGCAAAGGAAAGAGUUAUGUGGCUAAUUAGCAGUGAUGCUACGUACCCAGAGUGUGUUUACGUCAGAGCUGUACUUAACUCCAAUACGGCCUUUACAGUUAUUCCAAAUCCGUGUUUUGGAUCCACAGCUAAAUGUAUCUUCAUCUUUUUAUUUAUGGGGCUCAAGGAUGGAGAUAUCAAGGGGUGAUCCGGGCAUGAUCUAGGAAAGAUUCAGGGAUAGUUCGGAGAAGAUCAGGGAAAGAUCUGAGGAAAGAUCUAGUGAAGCUCAGAUGAAGAUGCAGGGUAGAUCUGGGUAAGCUGCUAAAACAGGGCGUUGAAUGCACCACCUGACUCCGGUCCUUUGAUAAUGUAGUACUGCUUCUUUUCCUUACAGUCAGAAAGACGACUUCCAUCACUGCUCAUAUAAAGCAUCUUCAGCAGUAAAGGUUAAAGAGGAAAUGUCUUCUUGCUUCUGAUUGGCUGAGAAUCCUGGCUUUUCUGUGACACCUUCCUCCUCCUCCUCCUGACACUCACCUGGUUAUUAUGGUUUAAUUGUUACCUUCCUCCUCCUCCUCUUCCUCCUCUCUAGCUUCCUCUUUUUACAGGAUGUUUGUAGUUUCUGGAGUGAGUGGCGUGUGUGUACUUGUAGUUUUAUUUUCUUCCCUUUUCUAAAAACUGAAGAGCACACACAUGACAACCGAUGAGCUCUGCAACGCAACAGAUUGUAAUCUUUAUAAUAAACGGUCUUUAUUACAAAGUUA